CUCUGUGUCGGUUGCUCUUUGUCUGUGUUACACCACUACUACUGUUUAAACCAUCACCACCACCACCAUCACCACCACCACCAUCACCACCACCACCACCAUCACCACCACCACCAUCACCACCAUCACCACCACCACCACGACCACCACCAUCACCACCACCACCAUCACCACCACCACCACCAUCACCACCACCACCAUCACCACCACCACCACCACCAUCACCAUCACCACCACCACCAUCACCACCAUCACCACCACCAUCACCACCACCACCAUCACCACCACCACCACCACCACCAUCAUCACCACCACCAUCACCACCACCAUCACCACCACCAUCACCACCACCACCACCAUCACCACCAUCACCACCAGCACCAUCACCACCACCACCACCACCACCAUCACCACCACCACCAUCACCAUCACCACCACCAUCACCACCAUCACCACCACCACCAUCACCACCACCACCACCACCAUCACCACCAUCACCACCACCACCAUCACCACCAUCACCACCACCACCACCACCACCAGUCUGCCAUCUUAAACUAUUUACAUUUUAA